AUUAUUUUUAACUUAAAAUCAUGGGACACAUGGAAAAGAAGGUGGAGGAGUCUCACCACUAAGUCCAGUUGAGAGACCAAGAGUAAACCUUAACGUAUAUUAAAUCAAGCCCUCCACUCCUACUAUCAGAAUCAUCAUCAAUAUGGAUAAAUUGAAAACUCUUGAAGUUUGUAAGAUAUGCUUCAAUGCUUCUAGCCAGAAGGCCAAUCCUACUUUGACCACAGAGAACAAGGCAUUAAUCGAGUCAGCAGGAGGGCCUGGGGGCGGAGUAAAAAAACGCUGUCCCAACUGCAGGCAGUCGUGGAGUUCUCAGAAGGUCGGCUUUGAUCCUGACACCAAUAGGUGGGUCGUAAUUAGACCCCGCCCACAAAAGAUGCCUCAUUUAACGGACUACACUAUGUGCUCUAACAUUCAAAAGAAGCAGCUGUGUGGCAAAGGCCCUGGUCUCUGUACUUUUGCUCACAGUCAGAUAGAACUGGCCAUGUGGAACCACGAACGCUGGAAGGAGCCACGCCCCACUCCUCAGACUGCAGGAGGCGGAGUUCACCAGCUUUGUAAGUACGUAAUGACAACGGGUGCAUGUACUUUUGGGCAGCGAUGCACCUUUGCCCACAGCGAGGGCGAGCUCCAACACUGGAAGGCAACCACAGAGUCUUCUCCGCAAUACUAUCAGCCUCCAUCGUCUUUCAAUGCUUAUCAGCCACCAUCUGUUUUAUCUGAAAAACUUUAUUGUAAUCAGUGUAACAUUUGGUGUACGGGUAAGAAGCAGUACGAUGAGCACAUAAAAGGUUCAAAGCAUCGCUCGUUCACAGCUCCCCUCCAGCAGCAGUUCCCUCCUCCCCCGCCCCACCCUGUCUAUUACGGUAGCUCUACGAUGGAGCCUGUGAACCUGACGAUGGAUAAUAACAUGGCAGGAGGGGGAGAGCGUGUGAGGGCUUGUCCUCUUCGGCUACCGGUGGGAGAGUUCCGCAUGUGCAUGGGUAUCCUGACCAAGAAGAGAUGCUAUUAUGGAGAUCGAUGUACCUUUGCUCAUAACCAGACCGAGCUUGAAGCCUGGAACCAAGAGAGACAGAGACUGAGGAGGUCACGCUUUGCUGCGGGUCCAGUCACCCAGUUCAAUCCUUAUCCCAUACAGCAGCAGUCUAGCUCUGGUCUUGAUGAUUUCGACGAUGGAGGAGGAGGAGAAGGGGGUGCUGCUCAUAAAUCGGUUGAUUUCGCUCAAAAGGUCCGUACAACUGUCAUGCUUGACUUUCAAGAUCUGGCAAGAGGAGGAGAAGCAAAUAAAGAACUGGUUGGACUCGAGAGAACCGUUCAAAACGUGACCAUUUCCUUGAGUGGGAAUCAAAGUGACACACAAACAGUUUUAGGUGAAACCGGGACUACGUUGUCAUGGAACUUUGAAAUAACAACAACUUCUCAGACAGCUCUUCAUUCAGUAGUGAUGUUUGAUGUACUCGACACUGGCUUUGUAUUCAGGAACGUUGAGCUAGUCUCCAGUAUACAUGUUCAUCAGUUGAUCCCCCUCCAGUCUAAAGCUAGCCAGGGGGAGGGUAUCCUCAUUAAUCAAUCGCUUAACCCUCACGAGAAGAUUAUAGUUAAAGUUGAUUUAGUUAGGACUCGUAUUGGUGUUAUGGGACAAACUGUCUUGUUUGAUUUCGGUUCGUUCUACAUGAUCCGUUGUCUAACGGUUCAUGUGGCCAGCGAACAAGAGAAGCAGUGGAACUCGUCAUCCACUGCCACUGCAGGCAAAUACAAACCAGAGAAAGUGGACCUGUUUUGGGAACAGCACUACAGGAUCAAGAAAUGGCCCGAGGACAGCUCAAGGGAACUGGCUGAUACCGAACUCCGCGAUUAUGAGCUGCCGGAGCAAGUGGAAAAACUGAUAGAAGGAGGAAAGUACAAAAACGUUGAGCAAAGGAUUAAGAAAGACAGCUAUGUACGUAGGAUGCACAAUCUACUUUACUUGGAGGAAUAUCAGGAAAGGAAAGACAUUAGCAGAUAUGACCUGUAUGAUGUUAGAGUGGAUAUAAAAGAUAGGCUGGAGAUGGUCGGUGUUUGGAUAAACGAUCCAAACUGCAGUUUCAUUACUGUUGAAAUGGAAGUGGUCCUAUUUGAAGGAAGUUGCUCUGUGAGGCCCAAUGACUAUUGUUAUAUUCUUCCUAAUAAUCAAGACGAGGUUCACGAGUCUCUCGUUUAUCUUGUUCAGCGUGAUGCCAUCAUUAUCAAAAUAACUAAAGCAGCAAAGGAAGCAUGUCUUUUGAGUAAUUACCAGUGUUCAAUGAGAUUCAGUCCAACAAGAACGAGAAUGAAAGCAAUGCAUCAAGCUGUUGAUACAAUGGAUCUGGAUGUGUUGUUCCCAGAUUCUCAUUCAGGGCUGCCUGAUGCUGUCAUUGACCAGCGUAUACUGAAGGAGCUUGAGAGAUCAACUUUAAACGACGAGCAAAAGAAAGCAUUGAGGAGUAUGGUCGACCCACGCUACACCGGAAUACCAACACUGGUACUUGGUCCCUUUGGCUGUGGGAAGACCAGGACAAUGCAAGAGUGUAUAUCAGUCCUGAGCCGCUACAUACCCGAAGUACACAUACUAAUAUGCACACACACUAACUCUGCUGCUGAUAUCUAUGUUGAGAGCAUUCACUCCGACUGGCUAAAUCAUGUUAACAUAAGACCCAAGAUGUGUAGGAUAUACUUUAAGGAACGAGACAUAAAGACCAUCACUCCAACUGUUAGGAGCUACUGCAACAUCAGUGAGGGCUCAUUUUAUGAUGUCCCAUGUGACCAGUUGAUGAAUUAUUCCAUUAUCGUCACCACAACCGUCACUGCUCGUAUCCUAUUCCUAAGUGGCCUAAGGAAAGGAUUCUUCACUCACAUAUUCAUUGAUGAGGCAGCGCAGGUCUAUGAGCCUGAGGUUCUCAUCCCUCUCUGUCUCUCUGAUAAAAAUACUAAAGUCGUUCUUGCUGGCGACACCAUGCAGGUCGACCCUCCUGUGUAUUCUCAAAUUGCUAAGCGUUACGGUCUCAAUGUCUCUCUCCUGGAGCGACUCUUUGACCUUGAGUAUUACUUAACUGGUCUAGGAGGAGACUGUAGGAUCAGCCUCACUCAGAACCACAGGUCACACGAACAGAUUUUGUCGCUGCCAUCAAAGCUCUUCUAUAACAAUCGUUUAACAUGUAGGGCUCAGUUUCAGCCUGAUGGCCCCAAGCGUGUCCCUCCUCUUCAGUUUAUUGGAGUCGAUGGGAGAGAGAGACAAGACGUUGACUCACCUUCUUUCUAUAAUGAUGAAGAAGCCUCUAAGAUUGUUGAAGAGGUUGAGACUCUCUGCAGAGGGUCUCAGAUUCCAAGUCAGUGUCUGCCUCAAGAGGAUAUCUGUGUCCUGUCCUUCUUUUACUUGCAAGUGAAGAGGAUCCGAUCAAAACUAAGAGAAAGGAAGCUCGGAAAUGUCCAAGUUUAUAAUAUCACUAAUGUUCAAGGUAAAGAGUUUCGUGCUCUCCUCAUAUCAACAGUACGCACCAGUCACACUCAUGAAGACACUGAUGAAGGAUUCCUUAAUAACAUUAAGUUAUUCAACACUGCUAUCACAAGAGCCAGGGAAUGGUUGAUAAUAGUUGGUGAGCCAGUCACACUCUGUACUGUGGGAUACAACGCCCAGUGCUGGCUUGAACUCAUUAAGAAAUGCAUAGAGACUAACACCUUCAGAUAUCCACGGAGCGAACUCUUUCUUAACUUCCUCGAAACUAAGAAGGUUGCACGUCACAUUCUUCAUCAGCAUCACAAGGAGUUUAUCACAAAAGCCAACACUGCACAGGGUGCUCUCUCUAAUCACUCAAUUGGCUCAGACAUUAGGCCAUUAGCUCAGCAGUUCAAUGCACUCUCAAUAUCACAGCAACAGCAACAUUUACAGCAACAAAAGCUCUAUCUGGUGAGGGCUAGAGUCCAGAACUUGAUGACAACCCAGGAUCAGGAUAUAGCUAUUAAAAUAACUGAUGAUAUACUAAAGAGAGAGCCUAACUUUAUGAUUGUUGGUGAUGAUGCUGCUGCCAAGAGUGUUAGAGAUCGUGAAGGGGCUUACAAGAGGCUAGCACUAGGACAAAUAGCAGUUCCAUCUAACCCUCCACCACUACAGCAGCAACAGCAAACCCAAUCAAAUCCUAACAGUCAGUCGAACCUUGCUAACAUGAUGGGUGAUCUUCCUCCUUUCCUUAAGAAUCAGGUUGACAACCUCACAUGGCAUUUGAGGUUUUGUGAAACUCAGAGAACUAACCCUUCUCUUCCCUCUGAAGUAGUGGCCAACCUAAAUGAGCAGAGAACAGUCUUGCUCCAGCAAAUGACACUACUCAAUGAACAGAUUAGGAAAUACAGAGACUACUUAAAGUUGACUAAGCAUCAGCACAUGAUUAUUGGUGGGACUAAUCACCAGAUUCCACCUGAACUCUCGCAGGGUCUUCCGCCUCAACUGAGUCAAGUACAGCCACAGCCUUUCCCUUCGCUCCCCACGUCGCUCCUCUCUCAUCCUCCACUCCCUAGUCUCCAGCAGUUUUCACAGCAGCCAUUGCUGCCGACCAUUGGGGCCCAGCCUACCCCUAUGUCAUUUCAUAAUUAUUCUUAUCACCAAGCUAGUCAGCCUCUCAUGGGAGCUUAUGGCGGAGGGAGAGGGAACGUGAUGUCACAGCAAAUGACUAAUCCAAUUAGGAUGAGCAAUGUUGGUGUUCCUGGAUUGAUGGGUCAUUAUCAGUCAGUGGGAGGAAGUGGAGGAGCUUCUCAUGUGAUGAAUGCUAACAAUCCUGCUCAAGGAGGAGUAAGAAUUGUGAGACCAGCACAGCCUCAACAAAUGGUUAACUCUCAGCCCCCACUGGGUCCUUCUCAUCCAGCCCCUCUCCCUCCACAAACCAAUCAGCUCAUCUCCCCUAUCAAUGAUUUGCCUAAGCAACAUCAAUCUACCUGGGAUAGUGAUGAAGACUUUGACUGAGAGAGAGAGAGAGAGAGAGGGAAGGGAAAGAGAGACAAGACUUAGAGUGAAGCGAUUACAGUAUAUGCAUCAAUGCACUGACACACAUACACAUAAUGUGUGUGUGUGUGUGUGUGUGUGCAUAUAAGAGUCCCAUUUUGUAAUGGAUUAUUUUGUAAUAGAAUUAUUUUAUGCAUUUUCAAUCAA